AUGGCUCCCGCGAGGCGCCUCGCGGCCGUGCUGGCGGCCACGGCGUCGACGGCGACGGCGCUAUACGUCAAUGGCUCCGUCGUUGCGCCCUGCGACUCGCCCAUCUACUGUCACGGCAGCAUUCUGGAGGAGGUUGAGUUGGCGCGCCCGUUUGAAGACUCGAAGCACUUUGUCGACAUGCCGGCGCGGCGCCCUCUCCGCGAGAUCCAGGCCGCCUUCGACCAGCUGCCCAAGCCGCUGCGAAACGACAGCAUACUCCACGACUUCCUCGAGACGUACUUUGACGACGCGGGCGGCGAGCUCAAGGCGGUGCCCAAGGAGCAGCUGCACACGGACGCGGAGUUCCUGAAGCGCAUCGAGGACCCCGUCACGCGUGAGUUUGUGGAAAAGGUGGUGGGCAUCUGGCCGGACCUGACGCGCUCGUACGCGGGCGCCGACUCGUCGUCGUGCGCCGACUGCCCCAACAGCUUCAUCCCCAUCAACCGCACCUUUGUGAUCCCCGGCGGGCGGUUCCGCGAGCCUUACUACUGGGACACGUACUGGGUGCUCGAGGGCCUGCUGCGGACGCGCGGCGCCUUUACGGAGAUCGCGCGCAACGCCAUCGACAACUUCCUCGACCUGGUGGAGCGCUUCGGCUUCGUGCCCAACGGUGCGCGCAUCUACUACCUCAACCGCUCGCAGCCGCCCAUGCUGUCGCAGAUGGUGCGCGCGUACCUGGCGCACACCAACGACACAUCCAUCCUCGACCGCGCCCUGCCUCUGCUGGUCCGCGAGCACGAGUUUUGGACGCGCAACCGCUCCGUCGAGGUGACGGUGGCAGACCACACGUACACGCUCAGCCGCUACGCCGUCGACAACACGCAGCCGCGCCCCGAGUCGUUCCGCGAGGACUACGUCCAGGCCACCAACGAGUCGUACUGGUCCCCGACCUCGGGCAUCAUCUACCCGCCGCGGGCCGGCGAGGCCCUCAACGACUCGCAGCGCGCCCUCCUCUACUCGGACCUCGCCGCCGCCGCCGAGACGGGCUGGGACUUUAGCAGCCGCUGGCUCGCCCGCCCCGACGACUCGGCCCGCGACGUCUACUUCCCGCUGCGCUCGCUCAACACGCGCAACGUCGUGCCCGUCUGCCUCAACUCCAUCCUCUACGGCAACGAGCGCGCCAUCGGCGACUUCUUCGCCAUGCGCGGCAACGACUCGGCCCGCCAGGCGUGGCACGAGGCCGCCGAGCGCCGCAGCGAGGCCAUGCACGCCCUCAUGUGGAACGAGACGCACUUUAGCUACUUUGACUACAACAUGACGUCGUCGUCGCAGCAAGUGUACGUGCGGUGGUCCGCUGACGACGACGUCGACGACGACAUGGGCGACACCAACGACGUGGACAAUAACGUCAACGGCCGCUGCAAGCACAAGCAGAACCACUACAACCACCAUGCGCCGCCGCUGCCACCGCCGCCGCCGCCCGGCCACAAAGUCUUCUUCCACGUCGCUCAGUUCUUCCCCUUCUGGACAGGCGCCGCCCCGCGCCACCUGCGCGACAACCCGCACGCCGUCCGCACCGCCUUCUCCCGCGUCGCCCGCUACCUCGACCGCCUCCCCGGCGGCGUGCCCGCGACCAACCUGCGCUCCGGCCAGCAGUGGGACGAGCCCAACGUCUGGCCACCCCUGAUGCACGUCCUCAUACAGGGGCUGCUCAACACGCCCGCCACCUUUGGCGUCGACGACCCGGCCCACCGCGACGUGCAGGACCUCGCCCUGCGCCUCGCCCAGCGGUACCUCGACUCAACGUUUUGCACCUGGUGGGCCACGGGCGGCUCGACGGCCCAGACCCCGCGGCUUGGGGGGCUGCCCGACCGCGCCGUCGGCGCCAUGUUCGAAAAGUACAGCGCCAGGGCGCUCGUCGGGGCGGGCGCGGGCGGCGAGUACGAGGUCGUCGAGGGGUUCGGCUGGACGAACGGCCUGCUCAUCCUCGUCGCCGACAUCUUCGCCACGGACCUCAAGAGGCCGGACUGCGGCGACAUACAGCCCGCCAUUACGCGCCGUGACGACGACCACCAAGCCCACCACCACCGUGAGAGGAGCGCCGUCGAGCUGCACCCCGCCGACGCGGGCAGGACCAAGAGAUUCGGUCGCCGCGCCGCCGCCGCCGAUGCCGCCGCCGAUGGUGCAAAGCAAAGUUCAUAAAUCGUUUGGCUGGAUCAACGGGCGGUCAUCGUCGCGAAGGGGAAAAAGGGGAGGAGGGCGCUACCUCUAUGUAUGUAGGGACCAGUGGGCCGAGUGGGAAACACACCAUGUAUAUAGAUAGAGUCAACAAACCACUGAACAUGCAUUGAUCAAUGUAC